UUCAUGUUUUGCUCAAACCGCCCAAUCCGCUGACGAAGUGAGCAUCACCGGCGGCUGUUUUGAAUACUCCGCGAGUCGUGGGUUGAAUUCCCCACUCGUGGGUUUGAGGGUGACCACUGCGUUUUGCGAAUGCUACGUCUGAGUGGAGUACUAAACGGCGUAGGACUGCUGGUACAACGCGCAAAUAACAGGAAACUGAUAAAACAUAACAAAGCUGCGGCUUGCAUUGGAGAUCAUAGCCCUUCUGUGUUUUAAUUCAGUCUUUUUUUUAUUAGCGUUUCGACUCAAGAAAAGCACCCAUGGAGCUGUUUGAUGAAGGUUUUUCAUUAAUAACAGAAGAAACAUUGGAUCUUGUAGACAAUUCUCCCUCAAACAGUCGGGUGGUAGCAGAUGACAACGACGAGGAUGAUGAGGAGGUGAUCUAUAUUGCCCCUGAGAGAGGUGUGGCCAAGAAUAUUGACCUUAAUGUGCAGAUACACUCCAAAGAGCCCCUCCUGAGGUGGAGCCCUCUUAGUGCUGAGAAGCUAGAGGAGAUUUCUAGGGAAGCUAACCUCUUGGCUCGGCAGUUAGAGAAAGUAGUGCUGCAGGACAGCCCUAAAGUAAAGCGAGUUGCUUUCAAGGAAAACCAGGAGAAUAAGCCAAGUCCUCGCCGGAAGACAUUUCUAGUAACAGACAGCCCAGUCAAGGCUUUGCUUCCAACAAUUGACAAGGAGAUCGACUGCUCUACUUGUAUUACAGACGGUAUUUCUGUGCACAACAGCGAAAAUGUCAGAAUUAAAGAUGAAACUUGUAAGAUGUCUUCCUUGUGCACUCCUGAAGUGUCUUCUCCUGAUAGCAAAACCCUGUUAAGAAAAACGGAAUUAACUCCAGCUUGCUUACCACCAUCCACAUGUUUGAACAUGUCCCCACAAACCCUUGAGAAGACAUCUGCUCCACAAGUUGAACCAGUGCAAGACUACAGACCAGUUCAAAUGGUUAGAGAUCAGGUUGGGUUAGGCCAGGUGUCAGGAAGCAGAGACAUGUCCACCAACAGGUUAACGCUUAAUCAACUGCCAUCAAAUGAUAUUUCAAGACAGCAGGAGAAAAAAGCAGCUCAACCUGCAAAACCAAGCCAGCAUCAAGCUGCUAGGGAGAUCACAAAGACACUGAAAUCCCAUCCAAUACAGCCCAGGAACACCACUGUGGGAGCGGUUCAUCCACCUAGUCUGCAAGCCAGAAGGACGGGCAUCCCCGUUCUCACUUCUAUGAGCAGACUGCCACCCCGGACUACAGCACCCAAGCCGCCUGUGGAGAGCCAACCAGUAACCACAGCCAGAGGGAAUCAAGUGCAGCUCCCGGGAAAGGGACGUGGUAGAGGAGUGUCAAGGGAGAACAGAGCUGGCAAGCCCACGGAUGUGCUGCAAGGGCCUUCAAGCAGAAGCCGUAUCAUUGCACCUAAGAAAGUAACACAUAUUGCACAAAGGUGAUUCACAGAAUCUUGGCCUAAACUCUUGUAUAUGAGACAAUCAACAUUUGAAAACUCUCCUUGAGCACUUACAAUAUUCAGUUGAGUUUACAGAGAUCUUUUUUUAUGAAAAGAAAAAAAAGACACUGUUGGACAACAGUAGGGGCUGAAAGGACAACAACCUGCUUGAAGUAAAGAUUUUAUAAAAAAUUUUAGAGACUAUAAGGUAGCUCUCAUUGAUCGUUCAGAUGGAUAAUUUACAAAAUAUGUGGCAUUAUAUCCAUCAAUAUGUGAAUUCAAAGAUUAAGAGCAAUGUUAGUUUCAAGUUGCCAUUUAGACAAAAAUAAGUUUUUUUGGGGUGUCCCUCAUGCUCUAUUUUGUAUUCAGUUGGGUUAAAUUCAACAUCUAAAAAGGUUUAACAGAAACGAGAGAGAACUGUAGCCAGAAUGUUCAUAUUCAGUGUUCUUUUUUUCCCUACUAAAAUGGCUACAUUUGGAUGGAUUGCUUUUUUCAGGUAAGGUUCAUCACGGCAUAGUAAGUUGUCAUGCCACUUUUUUAUUUUUGGCUCUGGCAGCCAUUGAACAUAGUUUAAGUUUAUUCUGUUCUGACAAUAUUGCUUGUUGUACAGUAUAAUUUUAGGGGAAACUGGUAGACUAAAAGCACCAAAAAAAAAUGUCAACACAUCAGAACAAAACUUCCUUAUGCCAUUUUUUCCCCCAACAAGGGGGAUACUCAGCUGUUAGCAGUGGAUGAUCAAGAAACUAGCCUGGCAGGUCCAAAGAGUAGGCACAUUCAGCCCAGUUGAGCAUCAUAAUAGUUGACUGUGGUAUGGAAUGCCUUGAAGUCAGAUGAUCACACAUUUCUUUGCGCAUCAGCUUGGCAUUUAAUAUUUUAUGACAGCCAAUAUUGUAUCAUCACAAUUAUAAGUGGUAAAGUAAUGUUGUCAUUUACUGUUGGCCAAUGUCAAUAUACAAUGACUAUAUAGAAGAUACCUUACCCUUCAGCCUGGUUAUAGCUGCGCUGGCCAGAGCUACAGUUGUGAAAUAUGUUUGUGAACCCAAUGGAAUAUUCUGGAUUACUGUAUGAAUGGAUUCUAAAGUUUGAUCUGACCUAAGUCAUAAUAUUAGAUAAACAAAACUGUACAAUGUUGUAUCUCUGUUAAACAUAUUGUCUGAAUACUCAAGGUCAGAGUUGGAAAAAGUAUGUAAACCUGUAGGACAGAAGGAAAUUAGCGUCUGGCUUCCAGUCAAAGAGAUGACAUUUUGGUGUGGGUUUGUGGUGGCUUUUCAUGUUAAAAACAAAAACUAACUUUGAUGUUUUGCUGUUCGCAACUGGGAUCUGUUGGAUCUGCAUGGCCUGAUCAAAAGAUUUGGUGAAGUUGGAAAGAGCUACAAAGGUAUUUCUUUUUUGUUUUAGGAUUUUAUUACAGAGAAUAAGUUAUAGUUCAAUAAGACAUGUAGUACUGUAUCAGAUAUAAAGCUAAAGGGCAGAAAAAGAAAAAACAAAUUAUAAUUACUAACCCUAAGAAACUGAGAUAGCCAAAAGGCUAGCAAUAGUUCAACAUUUUCAGUUAAUUGAGGAGAACAUUGAUAAAUGCCUGUCAUGUAAUAAAAUACUUUGUUCUUUGUAA